AUGGAUCGGGUGCCCUGGAAUGUUUCAUCGGAUGAUCUAGCCAUUCUAUCCAUCCACAAUAAAUACGGUGGACUACACUACCUUUAUAUUCACGCCGUCGGUAAAGAGCGCUGUCUAGAUGCGUCGGUUAACCCCACCUACCCGCUGUUUAGACCGUCUUUAGUUCUCAAGCCCAUCUCGUAUUCGUCGAUCGCCUCGAUCAAGAUGGGUUCCCGAUCGCUUCCGACCCUAGGUAUGGGCUUUAGAUAG